ACUGAUGUCAGUUGCCUCAGCCUCUUCUCCUUGAGCAGAUACGAUAAAACAGAUGUAACAAGAGAACUGUUGUGUGGAAUAAUCUGGCUUCUAUCGCAGACAGGGGGUCAGAGUCGAUCAUAUCAGACCAAAACAAGUGCUGGGGAUUGAGCGCGCGCAUUGUGUUGUUUAGUUACAGAGCAGCGCAUCCUUCCACUCUCAGGAAUCCACCCGCAUCACAAGCACCUGUUUAGGUGGAGCAGAGUUGUCAUUGGAAAGAACACGUUACUGUUACACUUGUCGGCUAAAGGUUAAGUCAGCAGAGAAAGGAAGCAUGUGCAGCCGUAUCCCCCGUCUUGUCCUCCACCCCUUGCGUCCUAAAGGAAAGGAAUCAUCCGUGUCCAACGUCCCACUAUCAGAGGAGAGCAGCAAGGAUUUCGACAUUAGUUCCCAGCACUCAAAAAGAACCAUCAGUCCCAACAGCCUAUCCUCAGUUGACACUGGAUGCCCAAGCAGUCAGUGUGCAUCUCCAGCCAAGACACCCUCAGGCUCUGACAACAGCCCACUGGGUUCGCCCACUCUGACAGAACGCAAGGUCAAGGUGAAGAGAGUGAGGAUGAAUGUAGAGGCCAAGUGGAGCGCACCCACACCGAAGCACAAGCAGGGGAAGCAUCAGCGUACAUCCAUAAUGCAUAAAAGCAGUGAGGCCGAUUUCAGUUCAUCUAGCAGCACUGGAAGCUAUAUGACGCAUGAAGCUCAGCCCAGCAACUCCACAGGGAAGAUCUUGUCUACUCGUAGCUGUGCACCCCUCAUCAGAAGCCUCCCUGUGUUCAAGCCUGCAGGAAGCUCCACUGCCCAGCGCAAUACAGAGCUUUAUGCCCCUUACAUGACGCCACCUAAAGCCUCCUCCAUCACAAACAGCAGUAGCAACUCCAGCUCCACAAGGAGAAGGACCACUCCUGUGCGAUACCAUUCAUGUGGAGACUAUCAUGGCAUCAAGCCACCCAACCCAGAGCAGUACCUGACCCCUCUACAGCAGAAAGAGGUCGCCAUUCGCCACCUCAAGACUAAACUCAGAGACUCUGAGAACACAGUUUCUGACCGGGAGGCUGAAAUUGAGGAGCUGAAAGCCCAAAUGGGUCGUAUGCGAGAAGAUUGGAUUGAGGAAGAAUGUCACCGUGUGGAAGCCCAGCUAGCUCUCAAAGAAGCCCGCAAGGAGAUCAAGCAACUGCGCCAAGUGGUGGAAACCAUGAAGAACAGCCUGAUGGAGAAGGACAAGGGCAUCCAAAAGUACUUCAUUGACAUAAACAUCCAAAACAGGAAGCUUGAGUCCUUGCUCCACAGCAUGGAGUUGGCACAGAGUGGCUGCAACUUGCAAGACGAACCCACGCUGGACUUCAUUUGCGAGUCUCCGGAGCGAACCACCACAGGCAAGCUGGAAAUGGAACUGCAGGUUGAGGAACAAGGGGUGGAGGAGAUGGCUGAUGGCGAGCUGCUGGCAAAUGAUAAAAUGGCCAACAGAGCAGAACUUAUGGAGCAAGUUCUCAUGUCUACAGCUGUUGAUUACAGCCAGGACGGUGACACCAAGAUCAUCCCCCAGCCAGAACUGUCCACCUUGGAGAGUGUCUCAGAGGUGAAGAGCACAGAGGAAUGCAUCUUAAGUGAGCCCUUUGGUGCAGAGGAGAAAGGCGUCCAAACUGAUGAGAUGAUCUACACUGCCGAUCUCCAAGCUCUACUUCUCCAGCUGCUGAAGCUCCAGGGUGGUGGGCUCGCUGGCCUGCUUAUUUCUUCUCCCCAACAAUCCCAGGAAUUAUCUUCAGAACAGGUUCCAAAGAAGGUAGAUGACUUGUCUGAAGCACAAGACCCCAAAAAGGAGAAGGUACCUGAAGCACAAGCUGAAGACCAAGAAGUGAAAGAGGUUGGCCAUGUUAGCACAGUCUUUACAUCUAAAAAUUUCAGUGAUUCUGGCCUGUGCUUUUCUGAGCCUGAAAUGAACCCCCAGUUCAUGGAUGAGUUGGAUUUCGACCUGAAGAGUUCCAGGAAUGCCAAUAGCAUGGCAGUGGUGGAGAAAAGCCAUUGGAGCAACAACUUCUUGGUUGAUCUAGUUGCCGUGGCGGCACCUGUGCUUCCCACAGUGGCGUGGCUCUACUCGCAGCAUGGUUUGGUUGGAGGGGCUCCUGUGUACAACAUCGCUGCUUUGAUUCGUGGCUGUUGCGUUAUGGGAUUGCACUCACUCCGCCAUGUCUCGCACAGGCCAGACACUUAGUGGCCCUCACCCACAUGUAAAGUUUCAACCAGAGCACUUAAACUUCAUCUUAACAUAGAUUGUUUUCGUAAACCUGUAAUUAUAAAAAUUAUUACUUUAUUUCAAUAGCUACAUUCCUAUUUUGCACUGUGUAUACUUGCCAAGAGUUAAAUCACUGAGGAUGAAUUUAAUGUGAAAGGGUUGUGUUUUGUCAUUUAUUUAUUAACUUUUAUGUAUGAACAAUUUAUAUAAAUAUUUUUGCAUAAGCUGAUCAUCUGUGUAGGUGGUUUAUGUUGCUCAAGUCUUGUUCUUUGCUGACUGGCCUAUUCCCUUCUUUUUAUAAAGUGUAAUUUGGAGUAAAAAUAGGGGUUAAUUGUCAAUUGACCAUGUUUUGUUGUAGUUAAAAUGUCACUGUGUUCCAAAAGAACCCAAACCUUCUGCCAAAGCUUAAAUGUGUUCACCGUUUUGAAGUGAAAAUGUAUUUAUCUCCUUGGAGUUGGAGCUUUUACAUGUUGCUCUGUUAACUGACAUUUUCUUGAAAGGCAUCAGUAACUUCAGCGAACACUUGUUAUGUGCCUGAGCUAUGUGCAAUAUUUUUGUUUAUAUUAAGAUGUAUCAAUAUAUUUUAUUAUUAAAGCAUGGAAACCCCCUUCAAGUAUGGACUUCUGUUGUUUGAUAAAGAAUGGGGAAAUGUAAUGCCUAUGAUAUUUUGGAUAAAUUGAUUCAUUCUUUCAGCUGCAAAUUAGAGUGGGGAGCAGAGAAUAUUACACACACACACACAAAAACUAAAAAAAAUUAAAUAAAUACAUGACCCAAGAUGGAAAGAAAAACAGAAAAAAGGACUGAUGCUGCAGUGUACCCAGUGAGCUGUCUUUAAAGAGAAAGUUUAUGAUGAGCCUUAAUCUACCCUACAGGAUUACCUUAAAUUCAGUUUUAAUCCAGGAUUAAAUGUGUUUAGCUUUUCCUGAAUUGAAGAGGACAUUUCCUUCCACCUCUUUAUUUACAGAGCAAUAUUUUAUAAAACUGGAAAAUGGUUUUGUAGUGUGUUUACCAUAAGGUCCAUAACACUUAUUUUUGGUUGUCAUAGUAUUUUUUUCUUUUUCAUUGUUUACUUUUUACAUCCAGGUUUAAGAAUCUUACAUAAAAUGCUUUUUUAAACUUUAAAAGUUUUGAGAAGGUGUCCUGUAGGGCAACUUAAGCGGAAGUGCAUUAAUGCUUCUUAAAUGGACCCAAUAUGGCCCCAAAAUACAAUUUUAUAUAUACUGAGAGACCAUUUUGAAGGCUCAGGAAACCUUUGCAGGUGUUUUGAGUUGAUUAGCUGAUUGGCAUGUCACUA